AGCAGCAGGAUGCUGGCUCCAGCAGAGGUUGCAGCGGCAGAGAAGUCUUGCUCCCGGUAACCAGGAUUAAUUUAUUAGGCUCAUUUAUUAGCCUGGCUGAGAUGUGUUUUGUCACUGCAUUCUGAAGGGUAGCGAUCUGCAUUCCUGGAUACAGCAACGGGGAGAGAGGGCAGAGCUGUUUUUAAACACAGUCUUUAUAAAGCUGAGAAAAACACUCGCCACCACGAGGGCCAAGCAACCACUGGCCGCAGCUAUUAGAUCUGUGAUAUUAUGGAAGCUCAGUUUUCCCGUCGCCAAGGAAAAGGAGAGAAGCGUCAGAGGGAAGAUGGCUCCGGGACAAAGCCAAUUCUUCAUUCCUCUCUGGAGUCUCAGACAUCCCGGCAGAGUUAUCUUGGAAGAGCUGCACUACUGGCAACAGGACUCGUCAUAGCUGUGGCCGUGGGUCUGCAUUGCUACACGGUUCCUCUUAUGAAGGCAGAGAGGGUAAAGGUGAAGCAGGUGGACCUGUGGCAGGAAGGCUUCACCAUUGAAAACCGGGAUGGAGAAGUGGUCUUCAGGAUGGCCUUCCAAUCAGGCGUCCUUGACCUGGAAUCUUGUUCUAAGGAAGGGGGAGUUUUAAGCUGUACUGGUACAGAAAGGGGGAUGUUCAGCUUCCUCAUCCAGGCUGUCAAACCCAACGAGGCGGUGACGUGCUACAUCAUCCGCUGGGAAGAGUUUGAGGCAGACUCUGUGGUGGAACACAAAAUGUUCUGGGGGGACGCCCACUGGUAUGGAGGCUACGAGAUGAGCAGACAGCAAUGGCCAAUCAGUCUACCUGGAAGCCAGGAACCUGCGCCAUUUGUGACUAGUGAUGUCUAUUCUUUCAGGAACAGCUUUGGGGGCAUCUUGGAGAGGUAUUGGUUGUCCUCCAAAGCAGCUGCCGUCAAGAUAAGUGACUCUGUGCCCUUCCAUCUUGGGUUCAACGCUUCGGAAAGGUCCCUCAUAUUCCAAGCCAGGUAUAAAGAUUCUCCAUAUGAGCCGUUGAACGAGCCCUUCCCACAGUUGAGUUACCAUGUCUGCAUAGGUUCAGACAUUACCUCUGUCCACCGGUACAUGGCUCAGGUCCAUUUCAGGAAACCUUUGAAGGUGCCUUCAGAAAGGAUGUUCCAGUUUCCAAUCUGGUCAACGUGGGCCAUGUACAAGAAGGAGAUUAACCAAGAGAAAGUUCUGGGAUUUGCACAGAUGAUUAAAAAGUACGGUUUCAAAUACAGCCACAUUGAAAUUGAUGACAUGUACUCACAGAAUUAUGGUGAUUUUGACUUUGACCCUUUCAAAUUCCCUCAGGCGACAGAUAUGUUCGAAAAGCUUAAGAAAGAUGGCUUCAACGUCACCAUCUGGAUAUACCCUUUUGUACAUGAAAGUUCCCCAAACUUUGAGGUGGGAAUAGAGAAGAAGCUUUUUGUCAUGGAACCCCAAGGGACACUCCCUGCCAUGGUUGUGUGGUGGAAUGGUGUGGGUGCCAUAUUGGAUUUCACCAACCCUUCGGCUAGAAAAUGGUUCCAGAGACACCUGAGGCAACUCCGCACUAAGUACGGCAUCUCGUCCUUCAAGUUUGAUGCCGGUGAGACGUGCUACCUUCCCAAACAAUUCCAUACUUUCCACACCUUGGCAGAUCCCAGCAUUUGGUCCCGGCUUUAUGCGGAAAUGGCCAUUCCAUUUCACGAGCUUGCAGAAGUCCGAGUCGGCUACCGAUCCCAGCACAUCUCUUGUUUUGUUCGUAUCAUUGACCGGGACUCAAUUUGUGGGUAUGAACUUGGGCUGAAGUCCUUGAUACCUACGGUGUUGACCAUUGGCCUCCUGGGAUACCCUUUUGUACUGCCCGAUAUGAUUGGCGGGAAUUUUCUCCCUAACAAAACGGAAGGUGCUGUUGACAUCCCAGAUCGGGAGCUCUACAUCCGAUGGCUGGAGCUGUCAGCGUUUAUGCCUUCCAUGCAGUUCUCCAUCCCACCGUGGCUUUACGACAGAGAGGUCAUAGACAUCGCCCUGAAGUUCACCAGGCUCCACGAGUCUUUGGUUGCCCCCCUCUUGCUGGAGCUGGCUGGGGAGAUCACUGACACUGGGGACCCCAUCAUCCGGCCCAUCUGGUGGAUUUCUCCCUACGAUGAGGCUGCACACAAGAUCGAUUCCCAGUUCCUGAUUGGGGACACCCUGAUGGUGGCUCCCGUCUUGGAGAUGGGCAAGCAAGAGAGAGACAUUUACAUCCCAGCUGGCAAAUGGCGCAGCUACAAAGGGGAGCUCUUUGAAAAAACACCCCUUCUUCUUAAGGACUACUCUGUCCCUUUGGACGAAGCGCCUUAUUUUGUUUUGAAUUCUUAAGCUGCCUUGGGGCCAGGGAAAGGCCUUGGAGCGACCUCGUCUCUAGCCCUCAAGGUGACUUUGACUUAAUCAGUUUAUCUUAAAAGAAAAGCUCUUUUUUCACAGAUAUUUUUUUUUAAUGCUAAUGUAUUCCAGUUACAGACCUCAUCUGGCUUUUAGUUCUGCUGAAUCUGUGCAGCUCGCAAUCUUUUUAUCUCACUCUUCCAGGAUGGUGAAGGGCCGUUAUCUCCCAUGUUGCAGAAGGCAAAAGUCAGGACCAGGUUAACUCAUUGACGUUUUGUGAGUAUGAAGGGAGGCUUUCGAUAUCACGGUCCAAUUCUACACACAGAUGUGCGCGCACACACUGCAACGGGGGUCCUUUGGAAUGAUUCUCCACAGAGAACCAUGCAGUGACAGCAUCAUGGAAAAUAGAUACGGGCAUUGCAGAGAAAGUUCUGUGAGCUGGACGCUUUUCGCUAGUCAAAGCAAUUUCUGUUGUGAGCUGCAAAAAUGGUUUCCUACGCCAAAAAUUAUCCAAAUCAUGCAUCGGGGAAUUUUUGUCUUUCAGAAUAAAUUAAGCAUGCACUUUUGCACAAUAAUUAGCACCACUAGAUGGAACUGAGGGCUCGUUCUGUUCUGCUUGCGCCAUGAGGCUUUCCCCUUCCCUACUCUUUAGCAAUAGAUCAGAACAAAUAUCAAUCCAGGGAAAACCUGAAUUGC